AAGCGCUGCCCCGUUGCUAUGGGAGACUCAUAAACGGAGAAACGGCAGUCCGAGGACACUUCUGAGUGGUUUCGCUACUGAGUUAGCAGCUGUUUUUAUGUCACCAUGGCCGAGGAGCCGGUCGACAAGGAAAUCUACACUAGAGGAAUACUGAAGGACAACUGGGUGGAGGAGAAAGCAGUGGCUGCUCUCAACAUCGAUGACAAGAAGAAGAGCGUCCGGUUGAACGGACAUGAGGGGCUCAUCACCAUAAAUCGAGGAUGUAAAAUGGAGACUUUAUCUCUGUUCGGUGCUUCUUACAUCCCUCUGCCGCGUCCAGAAGGGAAGGUCAAAGUUUGUGUUUCAUUUGGUGGCGCAGGCGUCAGGAAGGAGCUGCUGGAGAAACAUUUAUCCCAGCUGAUACGAGAGAAGAUUCUGGCCGACAUGAAGCCGGAAGAAGUGCAACCGGACUACAGCACCACUCAGCAGAGGCAUUUCUGCGCUCCGGGAUUCAUCCCCAGCAGACCGAAACCGUCGACGGAUCAUGAUUACAGAAACGAGGAGGCCAUCACGUUCUGGAGCGACAACUACCAGAAGAUCCAGCGUGUGUCGCCCAUCAAGAACCCAAACGCUCCUUUCAAGAAGUCGUCUCUGUUCAGCACCAGGAUCCCGGACCGGCUGGACGUUGAUGAGGAGCCCUGAGCUCCUGCUGCAGUUCCUCACCUGUCCACCAGGUGCUCCAAUAGCCAAUAAAGGCCAUUUGGUUUUGGUUUAUUUUUCCUAA